AUGGCACCUCCAAGGAGAAUACUGAGGCAGCAGCUAGAAAUUUUAAUGGAUUUCUUAGAGGCAAAUAAAGACAUGUCCAAAGGCCUUCCUCCCGGCACCCCGGUGUCGCACCAGGCCACUCGGCAGAAGUGGGCACAUUUAGCUAAAAAACUUAAUGCAGUGCAAGCUGGCGCUCUGAAGACGCCUGAUGGGUGGAAGAAAUAUUGGUUUGAAUGGCGACACAAAUGCAGGAGAAAAGCUGCUGAUGCUAGAAGAUUCAAAUCUAAAUCUGAUGGUGGUACAAAUAGAUUUGCACCGCUUAAUGACUUGGAAGUAAGAGUUUUGGAAUUGAGUGGAAAAGGAUCUGUAGCAGCAGCCGUGCCAUCUUCUAAACAAUUGGAGGAUUUUAUGGCUGAGGACUCUGAUUCAGAGCAGCCAACAGUUGUUGACACUCAAAUUAAGCCUACUAGAAAAGUUAAAAGAUCAUUGAGCGUGUCAAAAACAAACACAGAUGAUGACAUGGAACCCGCAACGCAGCCGCCUAAAUGGGCACUGGAAUUAGAGGAGCGGAGAAUAGCCGCAGAGGAGCGAAUGGCUGAGGCUUUAGAGACUAUAUCGAACAUCAUGCAAGCCCAGGAAGAAAGGCGAAGUUCGCUAGAGGCUAGAAUGGCAGACGCGUUGACUGCCAUCGCCGGCACCGUGCAGGACCUGAACAGCGGAAUACAAGACGCGUUGCAAGACCUGCACCAAAUGAACAAUGUGCAAACAAAUGGACCUCCCAUAAGAGACGACGUGUUCUCA